GCUGUGGAAUGGUUCUGACGGCCCAGAAGUUUCCGAUUCCCCCAAGUUCAUGUGACACAGAGAAGCAAUCUGUGCAAGCAAUUGGGGGCCAAAAUGCUGUUCACACGUUUUGGUUUCUUUGGUUGGAGGGAUCCUUGUGUCAGAGGAAGAGGGCAAGUCCCUACGAAGCGAAGGCAAUGAUACGAACAUAGCGAAGUGAUGCUUUGAAUGUAUAUCAGUAGCCUGCCCAAAGGUCACGCUGAAUUCAAGACAGUACUCAAUGAAAAGGAAAAACAACCAAGCGGAAUGUGGUGUGAGGGUCGUUGUAUGGAGCAAUAGAGAAGCCUAACACCAUGGUUGAGGAAGCAGAGGGCAAACGGGAGGACCAUUCUGAAGACAUCUUUGAUGGCAUUCAGGAGGAUGAUGGCGCAAGCGAUGAUGAGACAGACAGCUUCAAAGCAGCCUCGGAACAAGCAUACAAGCAGCACCUAGAGGAACAAAGCCGGCGACAGAGUCUACGACCUCGAACAGCUCCAACAAGGCCUCAAACCCCGAGCAGUGCAGACAGAAAGCGGAGAGCUGUUGAGCAACAGGACGAACGUUUCAGGUUCCGUCCUGAGACACCCCGUGUCGAUUACGUCCCCCCCCGGCGGCCAAUCACCGGGCCGGAGAUCGACCACGCCGCCUGGGGCUUCUGGCUGAGCCCCGGGUGCUCGUACACUCAGCUUAUGGGGCCCAUAAGCAACCGGCCGGCGACCGCUUAUGCCCCUCGAAAAGUCACGGAGUCUCUGGAUUGGCGGGAUGUUGUGGGGAGGCAAGACAAGGGACGGCAGCCGUGGCAGGACGUGAAGCCGUGCGAUGUAAACGGAGCGUCAAAGGAUGCGAAUCAUCGGCAGCCGUACGGAGAGGAGCCGCAGUUUGCAGCAGCGGCAACCCCCCGUCAGACGACGUCCCCUUACCUGUCUGGUCCCAAGUAUCUGCGACGGCCUUUCUCCGCGUCCGUUGCGGAUAAACGACGGAAAAUGCAGAAUAAAGGGUCCCCCUCGGCAGCCGUCCGGGAGAGCCCACUGCGGCGGCGGAAAGAGUCCGCCGGAAUGCGGAUAGACAACCCAACCGAACGGAGCGGAGCGGAACGGAACCCCGAGGUCCAGAACCCUACUGACCGUGCGGCUCAGCCGCCUGGAGGCGCGGAGCCAAACCGUCUGUCCGGCAAUCCGGCAUGCGACUCGGACGCUCGAGCGGACUGCAACCCACCAGCGGAAUCCGCUGCUCCGGACUCCGGUCCUGCGAGCGGAUCCCCUCAUCGAGCCGCGCGCCACAUCCCGUUCAUGGCUUCUAUCGAAGAGCGGCUGCAGAGUAUGAGCAUUGCUGCCUCAAGCCCGGGCGCUCAAACCUCCAAACCUGUUUCUCCGGACACGCAAAGCGCCAGACCUUUGGUUCCGGACGUCCAAACCCCCUCCAGACCGGUUGAGUCUCAGUCCCCGGCCGAGUUGACCAAUAGUCAGGCGCCACGUGUCGAUGGGCCAGCUCAUGGAAACGCAAACGAGGGCGUCGAGAUGGACGGUCAAAACCUGGACGUACGGAUUCCGCCCACCGCAGAUAUCGUUCCGCCCACCGCAAAUUCCGUCCGUUCCGACAAUUCAAGCCCAGACUCGAAUCCACGCCUGGAAACGGAGGCAGAGACCUGCGCUCUCCCGGCCUCCUUUCCGGCGCGGCCUUUCACUGCGGGCGUCGCGCGCCGCGGCUCGAGCGACCUAAACCCUCCAAACCACUCGCGGCCCGCGACGGCGCCCGUCAAGCCCUGCGUUCCGUCCCUGUCCGAGUCGUUCAGCAGAAUGGGUCUCGGGAACGCGGCCCCGGAAAGCGGCGCCGUCAGCGGCCGGUCGGACCUGUACCGGAAUCCGCUGUCGAGCCGGAGUUCUGCCGGAAAGGCGCCCUCGGCGUACACGCGGCGGGUCAUGGCGCCCCCGCAGUUCGUGCAGCUGACGCCGUGGGACGCCAAUAUCGUCGAGGACGUGCUCGAAAAGGUGACGGAGGCCAACAAGCUGUCCCGCGCCAUAGGCCUAUCGGUGCGCUACAACAUGUUCCAGAACGGCAAGAAGGACGUGUGGGUCGAAGUGUACGAAGCGCGUACGCUCGUGAAGCACAAAGGAUCGGACACGUCAUCGCUCGAGCGGCGAGAGUGGCGCGAGACGAUUGAGGACCCCGCGGAGGCGGCCGCGCAGUCGGCCACGCGAAACCCCGACGCCGGGGACCCCGCGGACGAGUUCCGCGGCUCGAAACUGCGCGACGUUUCUGUGGACGUAUUCCUCCGGACGCACCGGCGGCUGCAGAAGGCUGCGACGGACGCCCGGUUCCGGGGGUUCCUCUCCCUGGCGGAACCGGAACCGGAAGGCAAGCCGUGGGAGCGGCACGAGAAGGACGGGGAAGGGAAGAAAGAGCUCUGGGAAGAGCUUGGGGUCAACGAAGGCUUUGCGAAAAUCUUGACAAAAGCGCGCGAGCAAGUGAUCCAGAAUAAGCACAGCAUAGCGAGUUCUGGACGGGACACCGCGGUUCGCGGGCGGCUGAUUGGGUCUACGGCGGGGCUUAUAGAGAUCACAAAUCCAUUACUGAAGGGCCCGCGCGCGCUUUACGAUCAGUCUAAGACGAGCACGAAUGUUGCAAAAGCCAUGGGCACGUUCUCAGCGUUUGGGCUCGCAAUGGCACAGCGCGACGACAUGGGGCGAACAACAGCGGCAACGAACAAGUAACUUAUGUCCAAGCUGGCUGUGACAUAUUGUCUUUAAGACUCGGCUUGACUGCGUUUGCUCUGCACUCUCAAGAGUACAAUUCCGUAAGCCAUCCUUAGUAGCC